AUGACGGUGUGGUGCUGCUGCUUCGCCGGGAUGCCCUGUCCCGCCCGCCCCGCACGGGGAGAGCAGGGAGGAAAGCAGCUCCGCUGGAUACCCCCUACCCCUGAGCCACUGUGCACUCCCAACAGCAAUGAAUUUGAGUACCAGCUCACCCUGCACACCGACGUCUACACCAGCAGACACACGCAGUGGUACUACUUCCAAGUGAGCAAUACUCAGGCAGGUAUGCCGCAUCGCUUCACUAUUGUCAACUUUACCAAGCGUAACAGCUUAUACAAACGCGGCUUGCGGCCGCUGUUGUACUCAGAAGCCGAUGCUGAGAAACACCAGGUUGGCUGGCGAAGGACUGGAGUUGAAAUCAAGUAUGUCAAAAACAAUGCGCGCCAAGGUGGACGUUAGUAUUUCUCGCUCACUUGGACGUUCCAGUUCCCUCAUGACCGAGACACCUGCUACUUUGCCCACUGCUAUCCUUACACCUACUCCAACCUGCAGGAGUACCUGGUGGCCAUCUCUAAAGAUCCAGUGAAGUCCAAACUCUGCAAGAUUCACAUCUUGUGCCAUUCACUGACAGGAAACGUAGUAUAUGUUUUAACUAUCACCAACUCCUCCAAAAGCAGCAAGGGCUCUGAGAGGAAGGCUGUGAUACUGACUGCGAGGGUGCAUCCAAGAGAAACAUAAUGGAUAAACAGUUCCUGGAUAAUGAAGGGCUUUCUGGAUUACAUUCUUGGCGAUUCAGGUGAAGCUCAACUGCUGCGGGACAAUUUUGUCUUAAAAGUAGUACCCAUGUUGAAUCCAGAUGGUGUGAUUGUGGGAAAUCACUGCUGUUCUUUGACAGGUCAGGACUUGAACUGCAAAUACAGGUCUAAUGUGAAGAAAUACUAUCCUUCCGUCUGGUAUACCCGAAACAUGAUCUAAAGCAUGAUGAGGGAAUGUGGUGUUUUUCUGUAUUGUGACAUCCAUGGUCACAACAUGCAACAAAAUGUCUUCAUGUAUGGUUGUGAGAGAAAGCAGCAAGCAAAAGCACCAGACACGCAGCCACAUGUCUUCCCACUCUUGCUGAGCUAGAGCUGCCCAGAUAAGUUCUCAUUCCCAGACUGCUGUUUCAGAGUACGGAAGAGCAAAGAAGGCACAGGUCGAGUGGUAAUGUGGAAGAUGGGCAUCAACAACAGCUACACUUUGGAAGCCUCUAUCUGUGGCUCUAAGUUGGGCUGCAGACAAAGCACCCAUUUCGAUAUGAAAGACUUGGAGUCAAUAGGACAGCAUUUUUGUGAUGCUCUCUUGAACUACUGUGUUCAUAACAAGGAGGUUGGAUCUAUCUCAUCAAAUUUCAGGUGUCUAGAGUAUAGAAAUCAAGAGCUGAGCUUCACAACUGAUGCUGAACUGCAAGGAAAUAAAAAGAGACACAAGAUCUUGAUGCAUCAUCAGAGAACUAGGAGAAGGCUUGCUGGGAACAAAGAGGAUGCUGUUCUUAGCCAAUCCUCUGACAGCCCAGACUCCUGUGAUCUUGUUGAACACCAGCUAAAACUAGAUAAUAAG